UUUAGCUCGGAUUUGCGGAAGUCCGUGCGGAAUCCGUGCGGACGCUGCGGAACUUGCGGACGCAUGCGGAACUUGGCAGUAUUUAUCUGAAAAUGCAUUGAAAUGACUCAACCGACAUAUUUUUGGAAAGGGGAGAGUGCGAGGAUCAUCAUUGUGUACUCACUUUUUGAUUUUGAGGCCUUUUUAUUGGAUAACUUUACUUUGUUUGAUUUUGUAACGUCGACGCGGCGGGCAACAUGCUGUGCGCCCGAGAAACUCAUUAAAAUCAUUACGAUGGCACUGGAAAGGGUCAGACCGCUAUAUUUUUGGAAAUGAGGAGGCCGAAGGAGUGCAACAAAACGAAAAUAGGGAUUCCACAAGAACUCCAGUUUGAAUAGAAGCCGUUUGAAACGUAAUGUUGUGAAAAUAUCGGCUGCACCGAUGAAUUUUUCAUACUCCACCAAGAGAGCUUCUUAGAUAUGAGAAAUUCGUCAGCGCAGCCGAUGUUUUCACAACACAUGUUGCCCGCCGCCUCGACUUUACAAAGUCAAACAAAGCACAUUUAUCCAAUAAUAAGGCCUCAAAAUCAAAAAAGAAAUACUGCCAAGUUCCGCAUGCGUCCGCAAGUUCCGCAGCGUCCGCACGGGUUCCGCACGGACUUCCGCAAAUCCGAGCUAAACUGGACACACCCGCGGCCGGCGAAGACGCGGACACGCCGCCGCUUAGUCCUAAAGUCCCAAUUUGGGCUCGAGACAAGCUGCGCCAAUGACUUGCCCUUCAACAGAGGAGUCCGUCGGCUCUGUCGUAUGUGUGAUUUGGGUCCGAUUGAAGGACUACGGAUCUUAUGUCUUAUGUCCGACUGA